GCACUUCUUGCCAUCAACGUUAACGGCACCACCGGACUCUUCUUCACGCCUGCCCAAUGCGGCCAGUGGCAGAUCGUCCAAGGCGUCCUCCUCCAGCUGAUCGUCACCACCGUCGAUUUCAUUCUUAUCACACGCAAUGCCCACACUGUGUCUCUCGGCGCGCUCUUCUUGGCCGAGCUCGUAUCGCUCUGCUACAUCCUCGCAGUAGUGACCCCACGGCUAACAUACAACGACGCAUGCUAUGUCACCUCCAGCCCGCCCAUCUUCCAGUACUUUUGGUACGCUCCGUCGUUCGCCCCUCGCUCUGAUGCCUGCCGCAGGGUCAUCUCGCUCGCGUUCGAGACCGUCCUCUUCGUGCUCACCAUCGGAACGUUCAUCGACGCCGUCCGCCAAGGCUGGGGCAAAGGCCCCGCCAUGCAGCAGUUCGUCGCCGACGGGACGUGGGCGUACACCCUCAACUUCAUCGUCAUGCUCAUCAACAUGAUGCUCUACAAGAUCGCCCGCUCCACACUCACGGGCAUAUGCUACACGUGCGCUCCCUCCUCUCUGACGCGCGACCACCGUCGAUCUCACCCCGCGUCCCCAGAUGUCGUCCUCUCCUUCGCUGGAUCGCGCCUCCUCCUCAACCCCCGCCGCGCGUCGACGAUCCACUCUCCUCCGGCGACAUCACCCGCAGCCACCUCGACAUCGGCCCUCGCGCCUCUCGCGCCUGUCCGCGCC